UUUUUAUUUUUUUAAUCGUUUGCUUUAGAUUAUUGUUUAAUUUGUUGACGGUAAUUCAAAAACAAUAUCCAAAUUCACUAGUUCGAGUUUGCGUCUAAAACUAUCGAAAUCUAAACCAACAACAUCAUCCUUGUUAUAUCUAAAACUAGCAGCCAUCUAUAAAUAGCUUUUAAUCUACAUCAUUCAUCAACACUUCUAAAGAUGAACACAAUCAUCUUAAUAAUAAUCUCCCUUUCAUUCAUCAUCUUGGCAGCCAAUUCAGCUCCUACUCCUGCUUCGGUGCUCGAUAUCCAUGGAAAACACCUCCGCACAGGGGCCGAAUACAUAGCUAGGCUAUUAAACGGUAGAUCAGAUGGCGGACUCUAUGUGAUGGAGCACGGGAAAAAGCCUUGUUCACCUGAUGUAGUAGCAAUCUAUAACCAAGAGGAGGGUCUCCCGUUGACUUUCACUCCGGUCAACCCCAAGAAAGGCGUGAUCCGUCUUUACACAGAUGUUAACAUAAAGUUCUCAGGCUCCAACAGUUGUAAUGUGUCAAAUGUAUGGAGGUUGAAUUAUGAUAUAGGUAUGGAGCAGUAUGUUGUGAUGGUAGGAGGUGUAGAAGGGAACCCAGGGCCGGAAACAUUGAUGAACUGGUUUAAUAUUGAGAAAACUAACGACGGUUAUAAGCUUGUGUUCUGCAAUGUUAGAUGUAUGGGUGUGGGAAUAGUUCAAGACAAAGAUGGUUGGCAGCAUUUGGCACUCAGCAAUGACCCGUUGUCUUUCGCCUUCGCCCCUAUUUAACUGCUAGUCUUAUUAUUCCAUCAGUGCUCAGAAUAAAUUAAAUAUGUAGUGCUCGAAUAAAUUAUAUAUGUAACAAUGUAUGUGUUUGAAACUCAUGUAUACAUCUAUAUAUAUAUAUAUAUAUAUAUAUAACAAGAAAUAAGAGUGAAGACUGAAAAUGGUCAAUUAAUAAUUGAUGUAUCUAUACUUUGCUUUCAUUUAUCUUAUAGGGUCUGGUUGAUUUUAAAUAUCUCAUGUAUGGGUUUAAAAGCUUAUAUAUAGGAUGCAUAGCACUCAAUUGUCUAUUUAUAUAAAGAGUGAAUUUCAAUAAUUGUCCUUUAUCUUUAUACUUAUUUUCAGACGCUGUCCUUUAUGUUCAAAAUUGACGAGUUUUGUACGUUAUGUUUUCAAAUCAUGCACGUUUUGUCCUUUAAGCCAAACUCAGUUAAUUUUUUCUGUUAAAUCUGAUCAUGUGAUGAGGGCAUUUUUGUCAAUUCAUAUUUACAGGAACUAAUUGUGUAGAUAAUUUAAACAACCAACCUUUUUAAAAAAUAAAAAAAGACUUUAAAAAAAGGCACACCUUCUCCAUCAAACACCACUACCAACACCUGCCACCACUAACUCCAGCCACUGCUAACACCGGCCACCGCCAACUCCGGCCAAAAUACAAAGAUUGUAGCUUGCGAUUGUCUUCUCCGGCCAGAAAUCAGAUCAAGGUAACUUGGUGAGUUUAAUCGACUCUAACGGAAAUCAAGUCGGUGGUGGUGGCCGGUUUCAAACGAAGGGGCAGGGGUGGAUUGUGGUUAAAUGGUGGUGGUUGUCC